AUGCCCCUCGCACAUCUGACCUGGCUGAGCCUCAUCUUACCAUUUGUGUCCGCAGAUUGGCAAUACCUCUCGCGCCCUGACCUGGCUCCACCGGUACUAAACAUCACCGUGCCAGCUGCUCCUGGAACAGAAUCCGGGUACAUCUUUGUCGCGCCUAAACAGGAUACCGGGACAGACGCCGCUCUCUAUGGACCUGAGCAACCAGGCCCGUAUAUCUUUUGCGAUGACGGAGACCUGGUAUGGUCUGGCGUGGGCUACUUCAGCGGCUAUGUUAUCGACUUUGGUGUCGUGGUCAUUGAUGGCGAGCCUGCCUUGCGGGCUUUUGAAGGAUCAUUGGAUGCGCCGCACGUGCGUAUGAAUGGCCACCAUUCUGUGCUUGAUAAUAGGUAUCAGAACAUUGCUGUUGUUGGGGCAGUGUCGCAUCGCUUGGUUUCGGGUCAUGAAUUUAAUGUGAUUGGGGGCAAAACGGCUUUGGUCGAGCUUGCAGUCCCGGUUCCGACGGAUCUGAGCAGUUAUGGAGGGGAUGGAGGACAACAGUGGAUUAUAUCGUCCGGGUUUCAAGAGAUCGAUAUUCAUACUCGCGAAUUGAUAUUCGAAUGGUACAGUUUAGACCACGUCAAUCCUAAUUAUAGCAUGAUAUCUCUGGAGUCCGAGGGUCCCUACAAUGGCCGCAGCGCUGUGGAUGGCUGGCACUAUUUCCUAAUCAACAGUGUCGACAAGGAUGACGAGGGAAAUUAUCUGAUAUCGGCUCGCCACUAUUCGGCUAUUUUGAAGAUCAACGGCACUACUGGCGAGAUCAUAUGGCAGCUAGGUGGAAAUAACGGGUCUACUUAUGAAAUUUCAUCCGGUUUGGAAUUUUCCAUGCAGCACGACGCUCGAUUUCGCUUCCGCUCGCCCGAUGGAUCGGUUGAAGGAAUUUCCUUCCUCGAUAAUGCGAAUGGCAAUGGGAACUCAAGCGGUAAAGGUGGGCCAAUCUCCAAAGCUCGAUACAUCGAGUUGAAUCACACAACGAAGACGGUUUCAGAGAUAUGGACAUACCCAGCCCGUACCCAUCAAAUGAAAAAUCUUUAUAUCAGCAUUCCUGGAUCGACAUUGAAAGCUCCGAUGACGACGAUGUUGAUAUCAAUUCAGAUAGCGGUCAAGAGCAUGGCUGUCAAUCGUUUGUCAGUCAAUGGCUUAGCCGUGUGGACUCAAGUGUCUAGAUCGUCAGAUCAAUCAACUCUUCAAAGCCGUCAGGCCCACCAGCGGGGUGAGCGUCGCAUUCCGAGCAAAUGA